GUUUGUUUGAUUGCUGAAAGUACUACCUGAUUGCUUUAACCGAAAUAGAUCGGGGUUUGAACCUGUGAGACAGCAGUUGAAAGCCGAAUCCUUUACUCAAUAACCCACCGCCGCUCCACAUAGUAUAUUCUUGAAUCUAUAAGUCUUAAUUAACUAUUAUUAAUUUAAUGGUUCAAAUGGUUGUCUAAAAGCUAUGAGAAUAGAAAUUUUGUGUGAUUUUGUAAUAAAUAUUAAAAUUUCCUAUAAUCAAUUCAACAUUAUAAAUGAGCUUUUUUUUCCAGAGCCUCAUUUUCUUUUUUAUAUUUUGUUGACGAACUUGUUUUAUGAUUUAACAUUUGUUUAGAAUUCUUUCCCAAAUAAUCUCAGUUAAUUUGUUCUCUUAUCUUUCUUUAUUUUAUUAUUAUUUCAGUUCUUUUUUCAUUCAAUGGGUUAUCCAUAUUCUAAGAUAGCUAGUGUUUGUUCAGGCAAUAAUUAUGCCAUUACUGAUCAUGUAUUAAAUCAGUCACAAGUUAUGACUAAGGAUGAUGAUGAUAAUAAUAAUAAUAAACCUCCACGAUAUUAUAUCGUAUCUGUAACAAUGAUACAAACUAGUCUUCGAUUAUUAAAUUAUAUUUUACAAACAGCACUAAAUCGUUCUGCCAAAGGAGUGGAUUUAUUCGGUGGUGAUGGUAAAAAGAUUUUAUCUAUCUUUCUUGUCUUUAUAUGGAUGAUUGAUAAAUCAGCAUGUCUUUCUGAGUAUACAACAAUUUGGUCUAAAUCGACCAACCAACAUAUGAUAAUUGCUGUUCAAAGAAUCCUAGAUGAAUAUACACAGCAUUCGAUAACAAAGCCAUCGUCAUUAUUACCUGCAGAAUUAUCUACAACAAUCUUAUUAAAUAAUUUACUCACUCCUUUAUAUCCACCUAUUAUGGGUUUAUGGUGGCCUGAUUCGAUUUGUGCAUCGACUCUUUCUCACUUUUGUGGCGCAACUGCAUCAGUUGCAUCAUUGUCCAUAUUAAAUUCCACUACGAAUCAGACAAGAUUAGGAAAUAUAGAAGGUGGAUUUAUUCAACCAUGUCAACUGAUUGGCAAGUGUAGACUGUUACGUUCUAACUUUAUUCAGUCAACGGGAUUAGAUAUAGUUGGUCAAUUAAACAUUUGCACCUUAGGAAUUUCUCGUCUCCUACAUACUUUGAAUGUAUCUAGUUCAUACAGUUACAGUUCAAUUAAUAUGUCAUUUCAUGAAUCUAAUGAUAUGAAAACGCCAGAUUGCAUUAAUUCAUUUGUAAACCUGGAUUUAGAUCAUUUAACAGUGAGCAUUACCCGUCUUAACGCUAUGGGUUGGUUAGAUCGUAGAGAAUUUGAAAGGAUUUGGACAAAUUACUUAGAAUUAUUAUCCUCUGCAUCAGAUGCUCAGCAAAAUAUCUACUCAAUUAAAAUAGAAUCUGAUAACGGACAACUAACAAGUUCAGAGGAAUCAAUUGAAUGCAAUCAGUCUAUUGUAAUUGGUCUACGUGGUUUAACACGAUUGCUUAUGGAUACGUCAUUGAAACCUCAACCUGGUGAUACAUUGUACUCUCGAUUACAUCAUCACUCUCGCCUUGGAAUACCACAUUUCUCUCACACUAAACUUGGUCGAAAAUUGAUUUCAUUACUAACUAUGAUUGAACGGGAACAGGAUUAUAUAAAUAAUUCUAACGAAUACUCUCUAAUAUGUACUACACAUUCAGAAUAUUUAAAUCGACUAAAUGAAACUGGAGAUUUAGAAUUAAUUAAUUUAGAGCGUCUAACAAAUUGGUUUUUAGAUGGUCCUAGUCAGUUUGCUGUAGAUAGAUUAAUUCGACGUUUACGUAUGCGAGAAAAUCCUAAUCCAACGGUAUGGUCAUCCGUUAUUGAUCAUCCCAGUGAAAGUGAAAAACUGCAGUUAACUACAUCACAAUCUAUUAACCCUUUACCAAUUUCAAAAUCUAAUCAUCGUCCGACUAGUGUUCUUACAUUACAAAAUUAUGAAGAUCCAUUAUUUUCAUGUCUUCAGUCAUUACAAUUAUUUUACCAUUCAUGUCUUAAGCCGGAACCUUUUACUAUACGGUCUGAUCAUGAAGAUAUGAACGCUUUAUUGUUGGGGACUUCAAAGCUUGUUGAUUUAUUCACAUCUAAUUCAACUAUUUCCUCUUCUCUAUUAAAUAAAAAUUCUACUUUUAAACAAAUAAAACAGCAAACUUCAACAGUGAAAGGACCAGCUUUUGAUGUUUGGCAAUCGAUUCUCCAAUCAGCUAUCAUUUUAUCCGAUUUAUUUACAACACAAGAACAAUUUAUUUGGUUAAACGAUCAUUUACAAGAUGCAUUAAAACAAUUACCAACAUGGGAUGAAUUUCAAACACCAAUACAUUUAUGGUUAGCAUUAGGGAUUUCAAAAUGUACUGCAGUGUUAGAAUUAGUUAAUAGUUCACCAACUAAUUCGCAUGUACUUCAACCUUAUUCACUUGAACCAGCUGUAAAACAAACAAUGAAUGCUAUUAAUUCUAGUUUAUUAACAGUACAAAAUGCUGGUUUACAUAGUGCAAUGUACUUAUUACAUGCAGCAUUAUUAAUUAGAAGACAACCAUAUCAACAACAAUUACAACAACAUAGUCCACCGACUGGUUCAUCGUUGUUAAAUGAACUCUAUACAUUUUUAUGCAGUUAUUUGGAAAAGAAGAUUAACACUAUAUUCUGCAAUUCAAUAACAACAAAUUUACUAGGCACAGAAACAUUAAUUAACCAGAAUUUGUCAGUUUCUUCUACUGGAUCAUCCGGUAUGAAACGAUUCAUGCAAGCUGUACUUCAUCCAGGUACGGCUAGCAAAGUUACUAAUACUUCUAGUGUGGAACGAGAGUCUUCUAUAAUUCACAUAUCAAAUAUUGAUUUGACAGAUCAUAUAGAACAACAUCAACUAAUGAUACUUUCAACAGCGUUUUUCUUAACCGAACAUUUUUCUGGUCCACCAGUUUAUCCCAUUGUUACAGAUCCAGGCAAUGGUAUUACAGAAAUGUUAUCUGGUCUAACAGCUAUAUUGUUUCGAUUAGCAUCAUGUAUGCUUAAUGAUGUGCCUAUAAUGAAUCAGUCAAAAUAUACAAAUAACACUAAAUGUUCAAUAUUGAGUACAGGGACCACAGUAGAUUUGAGUUAUUCUUUUCCAGUCCAUUUGGCAUGGUGUCAAGGUAUUGAACGCCUCAUUCAUACCGGACGCCUUGGUAAAGGCGCUAUUGGUAGUCUACAGAAAAUGUGUAUCAGUCGAAUACGAACCUGUCGCUCGCCCCAUAUUAGUUUUCUUGCUAUUCGUUUACUACUAACUUGUAUGUACACAAGUUUAGGACGGUUGAACGAUCGCAUUCAACAUUAUAGACGUAUUCAUCAUACUCAACAAUCAGACAGUACCAGCACAAGUUGUGAUAUAAAUAUCAAUAUUAAAAUUAACCAAGUUGCUAUGUCAAAUGAAGAUACAUCCGGUCAGUUCUCAACGAAACCUGGAUCAAAAGUCUCUGACCAUAGCCCUCUCGAAUCGCUUCCUUCGUCAAUUCUACAAGACUCUGAAAAUAUUGUGGCUAUCACUCAAGAAUCUAUCAAUUGUCUAUGGGAAAGAAUUCGUGGCGGAAUAUCACUUAUUAACUCCCCCGUUCAACCUACUCAUGGAUUACACAUUGCUUGGACAAGUGUUACUGAAGCUCGUUUGAUUACAAGACUGUUACCAUUUAUCAGUAGUGAUGUGACUCAAACUUUUACGGGUCUAAUAAGCACUCCAGAAUCAAUGAAUAAACAGUCAAUCCUUUCAUCGUCAAUACUUGGUUGUGAUUCUCUACCGAAUUCUGUUUUGAAUAAAGCCUUAGGUGAAUUCGCUCGUGCUGAUCAUGCAUUUCCUAAUUUAGCAGCUUCAAAUUUAACUCAGUUAUUUGAAAGUUUUAUGCAAAAUGAAAAUGGUCAAAAUUUAGUCCGACAGUGGGUACUUCUUUCAUUUCCUACGCUAUUAAGUCGUCAACCCUCUUAUUUGGCAAUAUGGGCUUGUACUGUAUGCCUGUUAGCUGCGGCUACAGAUCCAAAACUACGUACAGCGCUAUUUUUAUGCUAUACUCAUAAAUUAUCCAACACUGAGCCAAAUAAUUCAUUCCAUAUAAGCACUGAUGCUGCUACUACUACCAGCACUAAUAAUAAUAAUAAUUCACCUUCUUCUUCGUCAUUUGUCAUCACAUCCAGUACAGAUCUAUGGUUAAAUGACCUUUUAUGCUUAGCUGCUUAUCAUUUUGUUACCGAUGGUUUAUUAAAACCUAUUUUGAAAUCGGAAUCAGAGAUACUGUAUAAUAAACGUCAAGCUGAACGUGAGCAUUUUCUUGCUUUGAUCAAAGAUCAUUGUGAUACACUAUGUGCUACUAAUAAUAAUUUCAAUGUUACUACUCCAACUACUACCGAUGCAACAAAGGAUAUCAGUAGUAGUAUUAAUAACAAUAAUAAGCCAUUUUUCAAUAAUAAUAUGAAAAUUAGUGCUGAAAAUUUCCCUAUAUUUCAUCGGUUAUAUACAAUAAUUAAAAAACAAGUAGCUCACAAUUCAUCAUAGAUCAAAUUUAUGGCUGUGUUGUUCCGAUUUUUUUAAACAACAAACAAACUGAAUCUCAACAUUUAUUACACAUGUAUUUUUUUCCAUGUUUAUAACUUUAAUUUCAUCAUAUUUAAUCUAGUAAUAAUUACAGUAAUAGUAAUAAUAAUAAAAUUGUAUUGAUAUACCAGUGUAUAUUUGUAUUUUGAUACCUACUUACUUCGUGAUCGACACGCGAGUGCAUAUGAUUGGGAUUGGAUCAGAAGGCAAAAGGUCAAAAUUGAACUUUAUUAUUUUCAUAUUCAUACUAAUACUACGAAUAAUAAUACACUUUAUGAUAUCAGCACUUAAUUGACCAUAUUUUUGUUAUUAUUAUCAUUUUUAUUUAUUGUUAUCGUUGUUGUCGUCGUGGUUAUUGUUCACGAAUAGUUCUGUACUGUUCGUGUGUUUUUUUUCAAUUCAUUUUGUUUGGAUUCAAUGGAUUGUCAUGUGCUUUUUUUCGACCGGUCAUCAUUGAAGUUGUUCACUUUCAACAUUAUCAUUAUAGAAUAUGUAUUUAACUGUCUGUCAAUAUGACUUACUGGAUAUAUGUUAAUGUUUCUCUGUCGUUAAUAAAAACGAUCUACUGAGAGAAAGUGAUUAGUUUAUGAAACUUAUUUUUAUGUGUAGUAUUUAUGCGUGUUACUAUAAAUAACUGAUUAUCAUGAGUGAACAGAAAAAUUUUAGACGGAUUUUUUUGAUGCUCCAUUCUUGAAAAUUUUAUGCAUUUCAGUUCCAUAGCUUGAUUCGAAUGUUGUAUUGUAAAAGUUGACAAGAAUUUACUACUCAGUCUUGUGGUAAUAAUGAUAUAUUGAACACUGCUAUCUCGAAAUGAAAAUUGACAUUUUCCGAAAAUGCUGCAGAAUAGCUCCUUUAGGUUAUAAAUUGGAUCAAAUUUUAAAAUAUUAAGCAAUAGAUACCAAUAUUGUGUUUUAGUUGAAGGUGUAUAUUAAUGAGCAGUUUAAAAUUAGAAUUAUGCCAUCAUUUUAUGCUUAUUACUAUUCAAUGAUUUCUUGUUGAUUUCAGUUUGUCGCACUUAACAGUGGAAUUCAAUCUGUA